UUCACAUUCUAAUUUAAGUUUAGAUUAGUUAAUUCUAGGAGUAUUAGUGUUUUUUACUUUUUAUUAAAAAUAAAGUUAAAAGUGAUUAGUAUAAACAUGAAAAAUUGUACUAUGAAUGUGGUAUUUACAGUAAUUUUUUUAAUUUAAUUGCGUCGGAAGAACCUAAAAAGCCAUAUCUCGUCCAUAUCUGCAAAAGAUUUUGGGAAUUCCCCUCUACAAAUUUUAUAUACUAUAAUGUAUUACAUUAUAGUACAAUUUGUAAUGUCAGGACUCAGGAGUGCUUUCUUAUAUCAUUUUCGAUGAUUAUCUUUUAUUGCAUCCAUCACAUUACUUGAAUCUCAUGCAACAUAUACAAUGUUUACCUCGCUGAUUACCAAUUAUUACAUCAACAAUUUCUAAAUAAUGUAUAUUACAGUCUAUAUAUUGAAAUAAUAGACAGAGUAACACAUACAGUUUCAUAUUUUUAUCUAGUUUUAUGAUAUUUGUAAAUUUAACAUACGUUAAAUAUUGUAUAGAAUGGUGAAAUCAUUUUAACUGAAGAACAUAUAUGUAUAAUAAUGUAUAAUAGGCUUACACCAAAAAUGUAUAAUAGGCAUUAAAAUUCAAUGGACUAUUUUAUUUUCUGUAAUUAUGUAUUAAUUUUAGUAUAUUACGUAUAUACGUUUUAUUGAUCACCCAUACCCGUACAUCACAUUGGCGGUAUAUGCAAGGGUUAAAAAUCGUUAUAUUGUUUGACAAAAUAACACAGCUUCUAAGUCAAAUCUUUCUGUGUAAUUUGUUAAAAAAAAAUCACCAAAAUAGUUAGUUUACUAAUUCACUCAAAAGUAACAGUUCUCAUCUUAUUUUUACUACAUACUGUGAUAGGUAAAAAAAGGUAGUAACCUUUUAGAACAAGCUACUUCGAAAAACGCUAUAAAUAUACAGUCGAUUUAGCGCCGAAAAGAUUAACGAAUAAUAAAUUAGUUUUUUUACCGGAUUUUUUUUAAACAAGUCGUCUCUUCUCUCUUCCUCCCCGACCUGACCUGGUCACAUCCUCGACGGCUCCACUCUUCUAUCCAAUAGUCUUCCUUCUUCGUCGUUAUCAAAUUCCGAGAUUCUUCUGAGAAUCUCGUUUUGAUCUCUCGUUCUUGACGACCAAUUUAUCUGUAUCGACCGGUUCGAAAUCGGGGUCAAACCGGAUCCGAGCAUUCUCCAGGUUUGGAAUUUUUCAAAAUUCAUUUGGUCUCAUGGGAUCGGAGCCUCGGGAUGAGCCGAGGCGCAAACUGGUUGACUUGCCCUUUCUUCACAAAUUCAAGCUCUACAGCACUCACACGAAUUAUUACUUGAUUGGGAGAGACGAGAACAAAACCUUUUGGAGGAUUCUCAAGAUUGAUCGAACCGACCAAACAGAGUUGAAUCUGUUUGAGGAUCCUACAAGGUAUACGCAUGACGAAAUCGUCCAACUUAAAAAAUGGAUUAGUCGAGGGAACCAGAAGUUUGGUGGCCUUAAAGCAGAGACUACUUGCUAUGGAAUCAUCGGGUUUGUGAGAUUCUUGGGGCCUUAUUACAUGCUGGUGAUUAAGAAAAGGAAGAAAGUGGGAGAGAUCUGCGGCCACGCUGUUUAUGGUAUAGCAGAGACUGAACAGAUCAUGAUUCCAUAUCCUUCCCCUGAGACAAGAGUGGCUAAUUCUUUAGCCGAGAGAAGGUACAAGAAUCUACUCAAAAUGGUGGAUGUUAGAAAAAACUUCUACUUCAGCUACACAUAUCACCUCAUGUAUACGCUCCAGACGAACGUAUGCAACAGUGAGAGUGGAGAGAUUCAUGACGAAACCAUGUUCGUGUGGAACGAAUAUUUAACGCAUGGGAUCAGAAGGAUCCUCCAGAAUACAGUAUGGACAGUUUCACUUGUAUAUGGAUUCUUUCAACAGACUAAGUGUUCAGUAUCUGAUGAAGAGUUUGUAUUGACUGUCAUUGCUCGGCGUUCACGCCAUUAUGCUGGUACAAGAUAUUUAAGGCGUGGUAUAAAUGACGCAGGCAACGUAGCCAAUGAGGUUGAGAUAGAGCAGAUUGUUACCAAAGAGGUUCCAGAGGGUCAGAAAGUCCCAAUGACAUCAGUUGUGCAGAUGCGAGGCUCCAUACCUCUGUUUUGGUCACAGGAGACAUCUGUGUUCACCCCACAACCCGACAUUAUAUUGAACAAUAAGGACGUGAAACACGUGGCCACUCGUCGCCAUUUUGAAAAUCUGAAACAGAGAUAUGGAAGGCUUAUAAUCAUCAUGAAUCUUCUAAAGACAGGAAAGCAUAGAGAGAGCAUCUUACGAGCAGAGUUUGGAAAGGCAAUCUCGUCUAUAAACAAAGGCACGACGAGGGAGAACCACUUAAAGGCAAUCCAUUUUGAUCUGAACAAACACUACAAAAGUGGAGCUGAUGGUGCAUUUGAGCAUUUGUGUAACUACGGGAAGAGAGCAUUGGAAUUAAUUAACUUGUUUUUCUGUGAAGCUCCUUUAGGUGUAGGAGCUGAAGCUGUAAUUAACGACUCAUUUUUCAAUAACCCUUUUAUGAAUGAGGAUGAAGAGGCAACUAGUCCAGAAGAAGAAGCUUUGAAGGCAGAUAUAUUUUCGCUUCAAAACGGGGUCUUGAGGUCAAACUGCAUAGACUGUCUGGAUCGUACCAAUGUUGCUCAGUACGCCCAUGGAUUAGUAGCUCUUGCUCAACAGCUGCAUCUAUUAGGUAUCACUGGACCUCCUAUCGUCGACAAAAACAAUCCCCUGGCAAAGAAAUUGAUGGAAGCUUACGAAAAAAUGGGUGAUGCAAUAGCAAUGCAGUAUGCUGGCUCGGAUGCACACAUCAAGAUGUUUAGUGCUCUGAGAGGUGAUUGGAACAUGAUGAUGAAGCACCGUGAUAUGAUUACAGCUGUGCGUCGCCACUACAACAACGCUUAUAUGGACAGUGAAAAGCAGAAUGCCAUCAAUAUGUUCUUGGGGCAAUCUGGGCCUCAAUUGGGGAGGCCAGCCCUAUGGGAGUUGCGUUCUGACCAGCACAACACUGGAAACCUAGAUAUAGAAAACCUGAGGCCAAGAAUUUCGAGAUCCUUUUCUGAUAACCUCCUCUUGGAGGGUUUGGAUAUUGAGGAGCUGAUAAACGAAAAUCCUCAGCCUUCACGUGAAGGAUUAAACGGUGGCUGGGAAACCAAUUCAGAAGUUGGAUUCUUUGAGCCAGAACCAGCUUCUCCAAGCGUCCACUUUGAAGAUCAUUUGAGAGGAACAGGAUCCAAACAGAUGUUUCCAGACAGUGGCUCUACGUCUGAUUCUCAAGGGCUGGAUGAUGUACCUGGUUUUUCACACUCGUACAAUACUAAGUUCACCACCGCAGAUGAAAUGUUUGAACGUUGCAGCUCCAUGUCGUCAGAUAACAUGUUCAGCGACAUAGCCGAGUCCUUCACUUCUACAACUGGCACGGACCAUUUUGAGUUUCUUCCAGGUCCGAGUCAAACAGAAGGUGAAUAUGUUUUAGUACCUGGCUUCUCAAAUGAUUUCUAUCACUGGGUGCAACACGGAAGAGCAUUUUCAAGGGUGUGGAGAUGAAACUGUGGUAUGCAGGGGAAGGUAACGCUGGUUACUUGGCACAUACGGAAGGGUUGGUCAUACAUGAUAACGUGAAGCACACGAUAACAGCCACAUCUUUGUCAAUACCCGACUCAGCUUUGUAAAGAUCCCCGUUUGUUGUUUCUCUUUUUUGUUUUUUUCUACCAAAAUUGAUUUCUAUCUUCUUUUCUUUAUCACCCACAAACUUUGAAUUUUGUUUGUUUUAAUCCUUGGACUAUAGAGAGGGUUUGGUUUGGUUAAUUUUGUAGUCGUUUGUUGUGAUAACUGAUAGCUUUUGAUUAUAUAACAACAACAAAGUGUCUGAUCA